CAUUCCCUAGACGUUACGUAAACUGUGAACGGCACCUCACGAAUUCAAACUGUCAGUGUCAGAGUUCAGAGUGUCAUUUCGGUGUCGGCUUCUUUGCAAAACUUUACAAACAAAACUCAAAAAAAGUGAUCAAAAUGUAUUCGUUACUUCAUAAAGAAGAAAGCGCGCACGAUGAAAGCAUUUGGUCAUGCUCCUGGGGGAGAGUUGCUGUUUCUACAGAAGACGAACAAGACAAGGAGCUGGACGGUGAUGCUGAGAAUUCUCGUGAUUCCCUGGGAAAUAAGAGAAAUGGUCAAGAGUUCCGUGAUUUCGUUGUCACGGGUGGGCUGGAUGAUCGUGUUAAAGUUUGGGAUGUGACAAAGGAGAACAAACUGAAGCUACGAAACACUUUUACCGGACACUCUCUUGGCGUUGUUUCUGUGGAUGUCAGCAGCGAUGGAGAAGUGAUUGCGAGUAGUUCUCUCGACUCAGGACUUUGCAUCUGGAAAGCAGAUUCAGGUCAAUUGCUGAAUCAAAUAUCUCUUGGACCUGUGGAUUUGUGGACCGUCGCUUUUUCUCCCUGUGACAAAUAUAUCAUAUCUGGUUCGCAUGAAGGAAAAAUAUCCCUGUAUAGUGUCGAGAGUGGAAAACCAGAGCAGGUGUUGGACCCGCAAAACGGCAAGUUUACGCUGAGCAUUGCCUACAGUCCGGACGGCAAAUAUAUUGCCAGUGGUGCAAUUGAUGGAAUAAUUAAUAUUUUCGAUGUAGCUGCAGGAAAAGUCGCCCAGACGCUAGAAGGACACGCUAUGUCUGUCCGCAGUCUAUGCUUUUCACCUGAUUCGCAGAUGCUGCUCACUGCCUCCGAUGAUGGCCAUAUGAAGCUUUAUGAUGUUGCGCACUCGGAUGUUGUUGGCACUCUGUCCGGACAUUCAUCAUGGGUUUUGUCUGUUUCAUUUUCUGGAGAUGGAAAAAGCUUUACAUCGUCAUCGAGUGACAAGACCGUCAAAAUUUGGAAUGUGGCAGAGCGCCAAUGUUUGCACACCUUUGAGGAUCACCAGGAUCAGGUUUGGGGUGUUAAAUACAGUCCGGAUAGUUCGAAGGUUAUUUCGGUUUCAGAAGAUCGAUGUGUUAAUCUGUACGACUGUCCACCAAACAUAAUCUAAGCUGAGAGAAACAUAAACUGUUCAUUUCUA